GUCUCCCAUUCCGUCAUGGGAGGAGUUUGCGCUGGAAGCCACAAAACUUUUGCGUGUCGAGUGUUUUCGACGCCACGCCUCUGCGCGUUUUCUUUCCGAGCCCUGAUUUCAUACCAAAUUUAUAAAAUACAUUCCACCUUUUUCUGUUCUAUUGUUCCUACUGUUGAAUUCCAGAGCCCAGUGUUGUGCAGAAACAGGGUUUUACGGGGGAGAAGAAGUUUUGUCCCUGUAAGAGCAGAGCGCGGAAGCCGUUGCGAGGACAUUUCAUGUGCUGCAGGUGAGUGUGUAGCUGGAACCGUCAUCAUUGCGUCGGAGUGGAGUUGCCGAAGCAGCCCUGAUGGGGCGCAGGAGGAGAGCGGGAACGGAGAGGGACUGGCAGAUGGGGCUGACCGUGGAUUGGAUGGCGACCCAGAAGGCGUCUGGAGUCCAGACAUUGAGCAGAGCUUUCAAGAAGCGCUGGCCAUCUACCCUCCUUGCGGGAGGAGAAAGAUCAUACUUUCAGAUGAGGGCAAGAUGUAUGGUCGAAAUGAGCUGAUAGCUCGCUAUAUAAAGCUUCGAACUGGAAAGACACGUACUCGCAAACAGGUAUCUAGUCACAUUCAAGUUUUGGCACGUAAGCGGGUACGUGAAUACCAGGCGAGCAUCAAGGCCAUGAACUUGGAUCAGGUAUCCAAAGAUAAGGCACUCCAGACAGUGGCCAACCUGUCGUCGGCUCAGAUUGUGUCAGCGAGUGUAAUGAAACCUCAGACUCCCUUCCCUCCACCAGUCAGAUACUGGCCCGGCCCUGUCCCAGGACAGCCUGGACAUUCUCAGGACAUCAAGCCCUUUGCACAGCCUCCGUACACUACACUACCAGCGCCUGUCCCUCCACCAAUCAGUUAUGAGACAUUGCCACCACCUCGGCCUACAGCAAUCGCUGCUCCUGUAUGGCAAGACAGAACCAUUGCUUCUGCAAAACUACGUUUACUCGAGUACUCUGCUUUUAUGGAGUCUCAAAAAGACAGAGAGACGUAUAAACACCUUUUUGUUCACAUUGGACCAUCAAAUCCAGGCUACAGCGACCCGGUUUUGGAGUCCAUAGACGUGAGACAGAUUUAUGACAAGUUCUCAGAAAAGAAAGGCGGCCUGAAGGAGCUAUACGAAAAGGGUCCUCACAAUGCGUUCUUUCUCGUUAAGUUCUGGGCGGAUCUGAGCGGUGACAUUGAGGAGGGCCCUAGUGCAUUUUAUGGAGUGAGCAGCCAGUACAGUGGGACCGAAGGCAUCUCCAUCAGUGUUUCCACAAAGGUUUGCUCCUUCGGAAAACAGGUGGUGGAGAAAGUUGAGACAGAAUUUGGUCUAUUAGAGGGAGGAAAGUACAUGUUCCGCAUCCAUCGUUCACCUAUGUGUGAAUACAUGAUCAACUUUAUCCACAAACUCAAGCAUCUCCCAGAGAAAUACAUGAUGAACAGUGUACUUGAGAACUUCACCAUCCUGCAGGUGGUGUCCAACAGAGAGACCCAGGAGACUCUGCUGUGCAUUGCCUUCGUGUUUGAAGUGUCCACAAGCGAACAUGGAGCUCAGUACCAUGUGUAUCGCCUUGUUAAUGACUAGCAGCAUAUCUGGUGCAAAGACUCAUCUGACUUUUGAUACAAAUGGCUUAAAAACACUUAUUUCCAGCUCGGCACACAGAGCCCCAACUCCUUUACUCUGAACGCACUCUUGUCUUUUUUUAAUUUUUUUUUUAGACCAACCGUCACACUUUAGUCGUACCUUUAGCUUGUUUGAUGUGUACAUUUUUCAGAUGGCAAACAGAGCAAGCAGCAACAUCCCACAACGUGCCAACUGUCAUUGCUUUACUUUCUCUUCAUUUUCUGUUUUGUUUGCUUUCUAAGUUAGAAACACGAGUUCAUUGACAUGGAGUAAAACACUGCAGAAAAGGAAAGCAUAGGAAAAACGGUCUCAAAACUCCAUCGGGGACUUUUUGUUAUCUGGUUAAAGCAUUUUUUUUCAGCGGGAUUGAUGCUGUGGUAAAGCAUGUUUUUAACAUCGUAGACAAGACUGACGUAAGACGAGUUUAAGCAUAUGUUUUCUAAACAAAUGAUUUUAGUGAGUGUCAUUGUAACCUGCCACAUUGGCGUCUUAUUGUUUCUGUAUCUUUGAAAGGUACAAAUUCUGUUACGUGAAAAUCAUGGACUUUUAAUCGAUUUGAUCAAAGAUAGAAGGAUCUUAUUGCAGAUGGUCUGCCUCGUCUCAGACAAUAAUGCACUACAUGUAAAGACGUGCAUGUCGUAUUUAUUUUUUAAACACUAUAAUGUAAGGAGAAAGCAAUAUUAUCGAAGCAGUACUUUAAUUGUUUUCAGUGAUGCGUAGUGGGGGAGGUAAAACCUAUUGGAAGACUGGCUCCAAACUGUUUUGGAAAUAAAGUUCACAUUAGUUUCACACUUUUUUAUUGACAAAAUGUAUUUUUAUUUUUUAAAGAAAAAAGGUUCAUACAUAAAAAGACUGUCUUUACUCUGACUGUGUGGGCUUGCUGGAGUUUUUCUACCUCCACAUGAGUUAAAGAUAAGAAUGUGCUAAGCUGAGGAGCACUGAUGUAUAGGAUGUGUACACUACAUUUGUAAUGGUACUAUGUUUAAGCCAAAACAAUAAGAUGUGUUUUGUAAGGUAUUUCUUUUGUAUUUUACCAACACGGUGAGAAAAAUAUGAUAAAAGAUGGAUGUAUAGGUUGGGUAUUGAUGUAUGUAUGGUACAGAUUACACAUUAUUAUCACUCUUAAGUGCAUUUGGGUAGAUUUUUACCUGUCAACACUAACAAACUUCAUCUGACACUCUUGUAAAAUAUCUUUGAAACUGGUACACAUGGCUUUUCACUCCGUUUUUAUAUAUAUAUAUAAACAAGAGGACUGGUGGUUCUGUUUUAAAUUUAAUUUUUAUUGUGGAGUCGACAAAAAGUGCUGCAUUUUUAGUGUCUCUUUGCAUCAUAAUUCCUUUAUUCAAAUCCUCCCAAAGAAUAAAAUCUGUGCUUCUAAGCUGUACCAGUAAAUUCACAUGUUGUUUGAGUCAGAGCGAGAAGACAAGUUAUCCUUUUUAAUGAAUUUUCAAAUAAAAAAUCGAAAAGUUAA